CUCCAAUGGUUCCAAUGGGAGCUCCAAUGGUCUACCCACCAAUGGUUGCACCAAUGGCACCAAUGGUCGCACCAAUGGCCCCAAUGGGAUACCCAGGUGUUGCUCCAGUCGUCUACCCACCAGGAUAUAUGGCACCAAACACCAUCAUCUACGAGCACGGUCAUCAUCAUCAUCACCACGGCCACCACGGUUGGUAAAUCAGCGUCCCCAUGUAGUGUAGCAACAACAUGUAGGGUGGACAUAACAUCCCACCUAAAAAGAGAUAGAUAUACUGGAACGCGUCCAUUCAAUCAAUCAAUCUUAUAUCUUAUA